AUGGAACCUAAAACAAUGACGUUGAAUGCAAAACAAAAGGUGGGUGGGGGGGGUCUGGGGGCUCGGGGGGGUGGGGGGGCGGGGGGCCGGGCGGGGGCGGAGUGCGUAGGGGGGGUUUGGGGGGGGGGGGGGGGGGAGGGGGGCGGGGGGGGGGGGGGGGGGGGGGGGCGGGGGGGGGGGGGGGGGGGCGGGGGGGCGGGGGGGCGGGGGGGGGGGGGGGGGGGGGGGGGGGGGGGGGGGGGGGGGGGGGGGGGGGCGGGGGGAGGGGGGGGGGUGGGGGGGGGGGGGGGGGGGGGGGGGGGGGGCGGGGGGGGGGGGGGGGGGGGGGGGGGGGGGGGGGGGGGGGGGGGGGGGGGGGGGGGGGGGGGGGGGGGCGGGGGGGGGGGGGGGGGGGGGGGGGGGGGGGGGGGGGGGGGGGGGGGGGGGGGGGGGGGGGGGGGGGGGGGGGGGGGCGGGGGGGGGGGGGGGGGGGGGGGGGGGGGGGGGGGGGGGGGGGGGGGGGGGGGGGGGGGGGGGGGGGGGGGGGGGGGGGGGGGGGGGGGGGGGGGGGGGGGGGGGGGGGGGGGGGGGGGGGGGGGGGGGGGGGGGGGGGGGGGGGGGGGGGGGGGGGGGGGGGGGGGGGGGGGGGGGGGGGGGGGGGGGGGGGGGGGGGGGGGGGGGGGGGGGGGGGGGGGGGGGGGGGGGGGGGGGGGGGGGGGGGGGGGGUGGGGGGGGGGGGGGGGGGGGGGGGGGGGGGGGGGGGGGGGGGGGGGGGGGGGGGGGGGGGGGGGGGGGGGGGGGGGGGGGGGGGGGGGGGGGGGGGGGGGGGGGGGGGGGGGGGGGGGGGGGGGGGGGGGGGGGGGGGGGGGGGGGGGGGGGGGGGGGGGGGGGGGGGGGGGGGGGGGGGGGGGGGGGGGGGGGGGGGGGGGGGGGGGGGGGGGGGGGGGGGGGGGGGGGGGGGGGGGGGGGGGGGGGGGGGGGGGGGGGGGGGGGGGGGGGGGGGGGGGGGGGCGGGGGGGGGGGGGGGGGGGGGGGGGGGGGGGGGGGGGGGGGGGGGGGGGGGGGGGGGGGGGGGGGGGGGGGGGGGGGGGGGGGGGGGGGGGGGGGGGGGGGGGGGGGGGGGGGGGGGGGGGGGGGGGGGGGGGGGGGGGGGGGGGGGGGGGGGGGGGGGGGGGGGGGGGGGGGGGGGGGGGGGGGGGGGGGGGGGGGGGGGGGGGGGGGGGGGGGGGGGGGGGGGGGGGGGGGGGGGGGGGGGGGGGGGGGGGGGGGGGGGGGGGGGGGGGGGGGGGGGGGGGGGGGGGGGGGGGGGGGGGGGGGGGGGGGGGGGGGGGGGGGGGGGGGGGGGGGGGGGGGGGGGGGGGGGGGGGGGGGGGGGGGGGGGGGGGGGGGGGGGGGGGGGGGGGGGGGGGGGGGGGGGGGGGGGGGGGGGGGGGGGGGGGGGGGGGGGGGGGGGGGGGGGGGGGGGGGGGGGGGGGGGGGGGGGGGGGGGGGGGGGGGGGGGGGGGGGGGGGGGGGGGGGGGGGGGGAGGGGGGGGGGGGGGGGGGGGGGGGGGGGGGGGGGGGGGGGGGGGGGGGGGGGGGGGGGGGGGGGGGGGGGGGGGGGGGGGGGGGGGGGGGGGGGGGGGGGGGGGGGGGGGGGGGGGGGGGGGGGGGGGGGGGGGGGGGGGGGGGGGGGGGGGGGGGGGGGGGGGGGGGGGGGGGGGGGGGGGGGGGUGGGGGGGGGGGGGGGGGGGGGGGGGGGGGGGGGGGGGGGGGGGGGGGGGGGGGGGGGGGGGGGGGGGGGGGGGGGGGGGGGGGGGGGGGGGGGGGGGGGGGGGGGGGGGGGGGGGGGGGGGGGGGGGGGGGGGGGGGGGGGGGGGGGGGGGGGGGGGGGGGGGGGGGGGGGGGGGGGGGGGGGGGGGGGGGGGGGGGGGGGGGGGGGGGGGGGGGGGGGGGGGGGGGGGGGGGGGGGGGGGGGGGGGGGGGGGGGGGGGGGGGGGGGGGGGGGGGGGGGGGGGGGGGGGGGGGGGGGGGGGGGGGGGGGGGGGGGGGGGGGGGGGGGGGGGUGGGGGGGGGGGGGGGGGGGGGGGGGGGGGGGGGGGGGGGGGGGGGGGGGGGGGGGGGGGGGGGGGGGGGGGGGGGGGGGGGGGGGGGGGGGGGGGGGGGGGGGGGGGGGGGGGGGGGGGGGGGGGGGGGGGGGGGGGGGGGGGGCGGGGGGGGGGGGGGGGGGGGGGGGGGGGGGGGGGGGGGGGGGGGGGGGGGGGGGGGGGGGGGGGGGGGGGGGGGGGGGGGGGGGGGGGGGGGGGGGGGGGGGGGGGGGGGGGGGGGGGGGGGGGGGGGGGGGGGGGGGGGGGGGGGGGGGGGGGGGGGGGGGGGGGGGGGGGGGGGGGGGGGGGGGGGGGGGGGGGGGGGGGGGGGGGGGGGGGGGGGGGGGGGGGGGGGGGGGGGGGGGGGGGGGGGGGGGGGGGGGGGGGGGGGGGGGGGGGGGGGGGGGGGGGGGGGGGGGGGGGGGGGGGGGGGGGGGGGGGGGGGGGGGGGGGGGGGGGGGGGGGGGGGGGGGGGGGGGGGGGGGGGGGGGGGGGGGGGGGGGGGGGGGGGGGGGGGGGGGGGGGGGGGGGGGGGGGGGGGGGGGGGGGGGGGGGGGGGGGGGGGGGGGGGGGGGGGGGGGGGGGGGGGGGGGGGGGGGGGGGGGGGGGGGGGGGGGGGGGGGGGGGGGGGGGGGGGGGGGGGGGGGGGGGGGGGGGGUGGGGGGGGGGGGGGGGGGGGGGGGGGGGGGGGGGGGGGGGGGGGGGGGGGGGGGGGGGGGGGGGGGGGGGGGGGGGGGGGGGGGGGGGGGGGGGGGGGGGGGGGGGGGGGGGCGGGGGGGGGGGGGGGGGGGGGGGGGGGGGGGGGGGGGGGGGGGGGGGGGGGGGGGGGGGGGGGGGGGGGUGGGGGGGGGGGGGGGGGGGGGGGGGGGGGGGGGGGGGGGGGGGGGGGGGGGGGGGGGGGGGGGGGGGGGGGGGGGGGGGGGGGGGGGGGGGGGGGGGUGGGGGGGGGGGGGGGGGGGGGGGGGGGGGGGGGGGGGGGGGGGGGGGGGGGGGGGGGGGGGGGGGGGGGGGGGGGGGGGGGGGGGGGGGGGGGGGGGGGGGGGGGGGGGGGGGGGGGGGGGGGGGGGGGGGGGGGGGGGGGGGGGGGGGGGGGGGGGGGGGGGGGGGGGGGGGGGGGGGGGGGGGGGGGGGGGGGGGGGGGGGGGGGGGGGGGGGGGGGGGGGGGGGGGGGGGGGGGGGGGGGGGGGGGGGGGGGGGGGGGGGGGGGGGGGGGGGGGGGGGGGGGGGGGGGGGGGGGGGGGGGGGGGGGGGGGGGGGGGGGGAGGGGGGGGGGGGGGGGGGGGGGGGGGGGGGGGGGGGGGGGGGGGGGGGGGGGGGGGGGGGGGGGGGGGGGGGGGGGGGGGGGGGGGGGGGGGGGGGGGGGGGGGGGGGGGGGGGGGGGGGGGGGGGGGGGGGGGGGGGGGGGGGGGGGGGGGGGGGGGGGGGGGGGGGGGGGGGGGGGGGGGGGGGGGGGGGGGGUGGGGGGGGGGGGGGGGGGGGGGGGGGGGGGGGGGGGGGGGGGGGGGGGGGGGGGGGGGGGGGGGGGGGGGGGGGGGGGGGGGGGGGGGGGGGGGGGGGGGGGGGGGGGGGGGGGGGGGGGGGGGGGGGGGGGGGGGGGGGGGGGGGGGGGGGGGGGGGGGGGGGGGGGGGGGGGGGGGGGGGGGGGGGGGGGGGGGGGGGGGGGGGGGGGGGGGGGGGGGGGGGGGGGGGGGGGGGGGGGGGGGGGGGGGGGGGGGGGGGGGGGGGGGGGGGGGGGGGGGGGGGGGGGGGGGGGGGGGGGGGGGGGGGGGGGGGGGGGGGGGGGGGGGGGGGGGGGGGGGGGGGGGGGGGGGGGGGGGGGGGGGGGGGGGGGGGGGGGGGGGGGGGGGGGGGGGGGGGGGGGGGGGGGGGGGGGGGGGGGGGGGGGGGGGGGGGGGGGGGGGGGGGGGGGGGGGGGGGGGGGGGGGGGGGGGGGGGGGGGGGGGGGGGGGGGGGGGGGGGGUGGGGGGGGGGGGGGGGGGGGGGGGGGGGGGGGGGGGGGGGGGGGGGGGGGGGGGGGGGGGGGGGGGGGGGGGGGGGGGGGGGGGGGGUGGGGGGGGGGGGGGGGGGGGGGGGGGGGGGGGGGGGGGGGGGGGGGGGGGGGGGGGGGGGGGGGGGGGGGGGGGGGGCGGGGGGGGGGGGGGGGGGGGGGGGGGGGGGGGGGGGGGGGGGGGGGGGGGGGGGGGGGGGGGGGGGGGGGGGGGGGGGGGGGGGGGGGGGGGGGGGGGGGGGGGGGGGGGGGGGGGGGGGGGGGGGGGGGGGGGGGGGGGGGGGGGGGGGGGGGGGGGGGGGGGGGGGGGGGGGGGGGGGGGGGGGGGGGGGGGGGGGGGGGGGUCUGAUCGCAGCGUGA